GGCAGACCCUGCCCGUCAAAGGAGAAGAUUUUACGAUGACGUGCAUCUAUUCGCCUCCUUCAAAUUAUCGUGCAGUAUAGUGGAGACACAAGGGCAUCCAGGUAGCUUAUGAAUUGUGCAGUUCUAUGAUGAGUAGCUGUACAACUUCUGUUCCUAAUCCUACAAAGUACACGUUAUUGGGAGAUGACCGCAGCACAUCCCUUACAAUAAUCAAUUUGACCACUGGUGACAAUGGGAGAUACACAUGCGAUGUUUUGAACCUAGAUGGGCAACGUUCAGCGAAUGAACAAUUGGAAGCACUAAAUCCAGUUCCACCAGCAAGGGUAUUUGUGUCUGACACGCAAUCGGGCUGGCAGUACUUGAACUACGCUAACAUAAGUAUAACUGCUGGAGAUCCGUACAACAUCACAUGUGGGGCAAAUAGGGCAAGGCCUCCUGCUGUUCUGCAAUGGCUAUUACCAGAGGGUGUGACCGUUGUUCAUCAGGAUCAGUCUGAUGACAUUCAAGACGGAUAUUACACAUCCCGGAAAUCUUUGACAAUCACACCAACCAGAAACGAUCACGGAAAGAUCAUCAGCUGCAUCGUAUCACACCAAGAUCUACAAAGGACUAUUAGAUACUUAGUUACUCUGAAUGUUCGUGUUCUACCGACCAGUGUGCUCCUCUUUCUAACUGGAGGUAACCAGUCACUAUCAACAAUCCUAUACGUUCAAGAAGAUUCACCGACUUCAAUUACUUGGCUACAAGAAGAAGUACUAAUGACUGUCCAAGGUGAUAUGCUCGAUGGAAGAGAGACUAACGUAACCUGUACAGCUCGUAAUGGAUACCCGGCUCCUUUCAUCCACUGGUACAUCGGAUCAAGAAAUAUUACGAAUAGCUCAUCACUUAAGAUCUUGGUCAACAGCGCUGAUCGAUAUGAUGCUGUAAGCACUCUGAUCUUCUCGCCAAGCUUAGGAGGCCAUUGGCCAUAA